CUCAGCUGAUAAGCGGCACAGCGACCUUUCUGCCUGUCCAUGGGCUUUGUGCGACUGGGAACCUACCGCGUGCAAAGAGAGGACGGACGGCCUUUUCUGGCGGAGUUUCGAAUCUACCAAUCCACCCAUCCCCAUCCCAUCCCACACAUCAUCCACUAACUAUUCUCCUCCUACCUGGCCCUCACGCAAGCCGACUGCGUGCCCGUGGGCAAUAAAGCUCCCUACCACUAAUCGUACAUGAAGAGUCUGACGGCCGCCACGCCCUCAAGCCGUCUUGCCCUCCUCUUGCAUCCACCAUCCGCCUCUCGACCAGCCAGCAACCCCCAUCAUCCUCAGAAAACAUCAGCAUCUUUACCACCCCGGCUGCUCCCCAACCUUGCCAGUCACCAUGCGCCAUGGCCCUGGAUGACCGGCCCUCGCGCUGGGAUGAGCUUCCCGACGAGAUCCUGCUCCAGAUUCUGAACUGUAUGUCCCAUUUCCCACCAUCAGUCGCUUCAUGCAGCGAUUCCCCCUUCCCUCCACCAUGAUUCGUCAUUCCUCGACUCCCGCAGCCAAUUCCCCCGCUCACUCACGCCGCGCCACCGACUAGAUCUUGAACCGUACCACAUCACAAGGUUACAGCCGGUAUCUCGCAAGUUACAGAAGCUUUGCCUUGACGACGAGCUCUGGAAAAAGCUGUGCUUCGAGGACUCUCCCUGGUACCAAUGGCUGAGACAUCGCCGCAACCUGGUGCAAGCCGCUACCGAGGCCAACGACGAUGUGCCCCUGUCAUCACCAGACCCCGCCGGCGAUAUCCGGGAUGCGCGCCGAUGGAGGAAGCUCCAGGAUAUGGCCAACUGGGAUCCGGCAUACCCCGGCGAACGAGUCUCCUGGUACGACGAGUACAUCCAGCGCAACGGGCCGGCCUGCAUCAAUUGGUUGCAGAGCCCUCGCAUGCGGGAAAGGGAGUGCGAGGCCAUCGUCGAAGCCCGCGGAAUGGCCAUUUACAAUCCGUACGACGGCCGCGACGGGCUCGGGACGAUGCUUGCUGUAUCGCCGCUGGACGAUGGCUCUGUGUGCCUCUGGGACGUCAAAGGCACGACUGGCAAGCAGGGCAGCAUUGUGGCCAGGAGCAAUCCCGAUAUCCUCUUCUUUGAUGGGCCCAACGGCCAAAACACUAGGAGGUCCAAGAAGAUCGACACGGGCGUGACCGAGUGCGUCAGCAUCAACAACGAUAGCCACCGGGCUUUUUUCGCCGUCCAAAGCCAUCUCAUCGAGGUGGACCUGAACCGUCUGGAGGUGGUCAGCAAGGACUCCUUUGAGUGGUCCAUCACAUCGCUGUCUGCCAUUCAGCCUGGCGUCCCCCUAACUGUCGGGACAUCGCUUGGGAUACACCUUCAUGACUUCCGAGCUCGCGUCAGGGCGCCGUAUGACGUCGUUGAGCGCGUAGAUUCCCAGCAAUACGCACAAAACGAUGUGCUCAGGGCUUUGUUCGAUCCUAAGCCGCUGCCGCCGUACGCCUCGCUCUCUCAACCUACACCAGUCAGCAUCCUCCAUCUUCCACGGCCGGGGGGGCAAGACCUCAUCUCAGACGACAUUUACGUGUCUGGACGGUUCACCAACAUACUCCACUAUGACCGGCGCAAAUUUCCGGCCAUUGUAGGCUCAAUAUACUCGGGAGCUCUGAUAAAGAGCCUCACAUCGAUGCCGUUCCCGUACUCCACCGUCGACUCAGAGGUGCGCCGACGUGCCGAGUUCAGCCCAGAGCGUAUGGCGCAGAUCAAGAUGGCUGGAGGUGGGCAGACGCUAGUUGCGGGAGGCUCUUACAAGACGAAGGGCUCUCUGGAGAUAUACGGCUUGAACUCGGCAGCAGAUUCGGGCAGCCACACCAUGGUGCAGAGCUCCAUCUUUAAGAAUAGGCAAUCGGCAGCCUCGGCAACGAUCUUGUCGGUAAUCGAGCAUGGGACGAAACUUGUCUUCUCCGAUGGCGCAGGCCUGAUCAAGUGGUUCGAGCGAGACGGCUCAACAGAGUGCCGCCGUCUCAAGAUUGGUCAUAGCGACGCGGACGAGCCUGCGUCUAUUUUCGCCUCGAUGCCGGCGUCGGACGAUUUGGCCCGCAAGAUUUUGUCGACGCGGCGCAGAGACGGCCAGGACCGGCCGAACAACGACAACAUCCUCUUCUGGACCGGCGAAAAGCUGGGCAUGGUGAGCUUCACCACGGCGCCGCUAUACCAGGCCAAGGACUUUGAGCCCCAGAAGGCAGAGCCCACGGCCGACGAGGAUGUCAAGGACCAAUACGCAGGGCGGAUGCGCAGGGCGCUCGAGCGACAGGCCGACGAGGUCAGGUACAUGAGGAAUCUGGGAAUGGGCACAGGUGUUGGAUAAGGCCACCAUCGAGGGGACUCGCGGCGUUGGGAACAAAAUCUACAUGGGUUCGACAGCGACCUUUUAGCGACUGAUUUGACAUGACGAUCUGCUUGGCUCUGCCCAUUUAGCGCCGUCGCAGAUAGACGAGGCGGGCAGGAAGCUGAGGGCGAGGAAGACUGGCUCUACUAUCGACACCGUGCUCCUCCCAGGAUGGGAUGACACGCGCACAGGAGAUAAUUUCGGGGCUCUUGGCGUCGUGAAGCAUGACUCGGUCAGAAGAGACGGGAAAUAUAUGGGAUGCAGAUCAGGAGAAAUGAAGCGUCAGUGAAUGUGUAUCAUGCAUGAAAGCGCAUGGCCACGGGCACGACUUGCGACGUCAUUGCCGAGCCCGCAUAGCCCUGCAUUCGCCUCACGCGGGUCCGGAUAGCAAAGCCC